AUGUUAGUCAAUGAUGAUGAACAUAAAUGUUCAUCUAUAUUUUAUAAUUCAUUUUCGGAUCCAUAUUUUAUUGAAAAAAUUUUACUUAUAACAUAUGCUGUAAUAUUUGUUAUUGGUCUUGUUGGAAAUAUAAUGACAAUUGUAAUAAUUAAAUGUAAUACUCAUUUACGUACACCAACUAAUUUUUAUUUACUUAAUUUGGCUAUAUCUGAUCUUAUGAUAUUAAUGUGUAAUUUACCUAUAGAAAUGAUUGAAAUACAUUAUCGUGAAUGGCCAUUAUCAGUUAUAUUUUGUAAAUUACGAAGUAUAUGUGCUGAAUUUUUUACCUGCUCAUCAAUAUUAACUAUCUUAGCAUUUACAUGUGAACGUUAUUCUGCUAUUGUUCAUCCAAUACAUUUUCAUCAAUUAAGUCAUUUUCGUCGUGCACAAAAAGUGAUUCUUAUUAUUUGGUUUAUAUCAUUAAUAUUUAGUGUACCAUUUGGUUUCCUAUAUGAAAUUGAUACACAAUCAUUUGUUGUAGCAUCAACAACAACAUUACCAUUAAUAGAUCAUUCGAAAAUUUUACGAUUAAAUGAAACAAUUUUUUGUAAAUCAUGUGGACCAAAAAAAGAUGUAAAUAAAUUAUUAUCAAUUAUUAUUAUAAUAACAUCAUUUGGUUUUUUUUACUUGCCAAUGAUUAUUAUUGGAGCUAUUUAUUUAUUUAUUGGUAAAGCAUUGAAUCAUGUUAAUAAAUAUGAAAAUGCUUCAAAUAAUAUGAAAUCAAGUUCAUUGUCAUUAUGCAAUUCUUCUAUAGCAUCUAAAAAACUAACACCAAAUACAUCAUGUCAUUCAAUUAUAACGCAAAAAGAAACAAUGGAUACAAAAAAUCAAAAUACUCAUCUUGGCUCUUAUUCAUGGUUAAAAACUCGUGCUCGAUGUCAAGCACGAAAAGUUGUUAUUAAAACAUUAGUUGCUGUUGUUAUUGCAUUUUUUGUUUGUUAUGCUCCACUUUAUAUACAACGUUUACUAUUAGCUAUUAUGAAUUUAAAUCUCAUAUCUGAUUCUCAAUUAUCUGCAAGUGUAAUGGCUUAUUUAUAUAUUAUAUCCGGUACGACAUAUUAUUUUGGUUCAGUGAUUAAUCCAAUACUUUAUAAUGUUGUUUCAAAUAAAUAUCGACGAGCAUUUCGUAAUUUAUUUUAUUGUCGUUUAACGUAUAAAACAAAAACAACUACAAAAAAUCAACAAAAACUUUUUCAAGUAAAUCGUUCAAAUCAUCAACCAAUGAAUUAUCUUAUAAAAACAUCACCAAUAUUACAGCACCAAACUUAUAAUACAAAUAAAAAAAUAUUUUCACAUUUUAGUCAACAACAAAAAUGUCAAAACGAGACCUUGCCAAUGACAAAACGUCUAAUAUUAUCGAACACUCAAUCAUCUAGAUCUAAUUCAUCAUCGAUUAGUUCACAAAAUAGAGAACAAUGUCAAACGUAUUCUCUUCAUUCUAAUACAUCGUUACAGAAAAAAUGUCAAGUGCAGCACACCAAUGGAAGACUUUCUUUAAGAAGAAAACUACUUGGUGGUAGACAGCCAACUGAUACUGUUCCAUAG